ACAUGGUUUUGAUUUUUGUAUUCUAUUGUAAUAUUUACCAUAUUUUGAUGGUGGUGUAAGGCUAAAAAGUCGGGAAUGAAUUUCGAUCAGCUAUUGGCCACAAUCGGUGGCUUCGGGAAAUAUCAGAAGCUUCUGUAUGUCUGGAUUUGUUUACCUCAGAUUUUUCUCGGGUUUCACAUGAUGGCGAGCGUGUUUACAGGAGCCACACCACCACACCACUGUCGGAGCUCAACUUCAGGAAUGGAGGACUGGACUUUUACCUCUAAUCUUUCACACUCGAACCUGAGCAUCUCUCGUCUGGCCGGAUUCGCGGACGCGUGCACGGCGGUUUCAGGAGUGAACCGGAGCGCGCGCACGAGUUGUGAGACUGGAUGGGUUUACAGCCAUGAGAUGUUUCAGAGCACCACUGUCACUGAGUGGGAUCUGGUGUGUGAUAAGGCAGGCCUGAAUAGUCUGGGCUCAUCCAUCUACAUGCUGGGGCUGCUUGUAGGAGCUGUUGUAUUUGGAGCAAUGGCAGACAGGUAUGGGAGGAGGUUUGCCAUGCUCAUGUCUUUGGCUCUUCAGACCGUGUUUGGUGUUGCUGCUGCCUUCGCCCCAAACUUUCCUGUUUACGUCGGCCUACGCUUCAUCAUAGGAAUGACAGUGUCGGGGGUGAUAAUCAAUGCAUUUGUGCUAGGCACCGAGUGGACCUGCACACAGAGACGGAUGCUGGCCGGCAUCUUCACCGACUACUUCUUUGGUUUUGGCUACAUGUUGCUGGCUGGUGUGGCUUUUCUCAUCAGAGACUGGAGAAAACUGCAGCUGGCCAUCUCUGCUCCAGGCUUUCUCUUUAUAUUCUAUAUCUGGGUUCUUCCACAUUCUGCCCGCUGGCUGUUGGUGAAUAACCGGAAAGAGGAGGCGAUUGAUCUUCUGCGUAAAGCAGCUUCGGUCAAUGGCCGCACCUUGCCUCCCACUGUUCAGGUGGAGAGAUAUGAGAGCCCACAGGGACGGAAUCAAUAUACAGUGGUUGACCUGCUCCGAACUCCGCAGAUGAGGAAGAGAGCGCUCAUACUCUUCUACAUCUGGUUUGUUAAUGUGCUGGUGUAUUAUGGUCUGUCUCUGGGAGUGUCUGACCUCGGCGCUGACCUUUACCUCACUCAGUUCAUGUUUGGAUUGGUGGAGAUUCCUGCUAGGACGCUGGUGUUGGUUCUCCUGCCCUGCAGUCGGAGGAUCCCGCUGAGUGUGUUUCUGGCUGUCGGAGGCGGCGCGUGUCUGCUCACCCUCACUCUUCCAGCAGACAGUGCUCAUGUUCGGACAGCUUUGGCCAUGGUGGGGAAAUUCGGAAUUACAGCAUCUUUUGCUAUCAUCUAUAUUUAUUCUGCAGAACUUUUCCCGACCGUCCUCAGACAAACAGGUAUUGGUGUUUCAUCUAUGUUUGCACGGAUGGGAGGAGUUCUAGCACCUCUAAUAAACCUGCUGGGCCGUCACACACCUGUUGUGCCAAUGCUAAUCUUCGGCUCUACACCUCUGCUAGCUGCAGCGCUCGCCUUAGCACUACCCGAGACUGCCAGACAACCACUGCCAGACAGCAUUCAUGACACAGAGAAGGCUACUCUGAGAUAUGACGGACAAAUUCCUGUGCAAACCAGUCCAUCACCAAACAGCACAGAUGGACAAGAAUUGCAGAGUUUAGCAGAUGAGUGCAAAUAGACAAUCAUGAUCACACACGCAAACACACUUGUUUUUGUCAAUUGUGAGAAUUGAAUAGGUCUCUGUUGUUUUUAUUCUGCACAAACUGUAAUUUUUAUUUCCCUAACCCCACCCUAUCACCAAACCCAACCCUCACAGGAUACUGUGACUAGUUUAACUUUCUGAAAAAACUCAUUAUGUGUGAUUUAUAAGCUUUUUGAGAAAUGGGG